AUGGAAAAACAAAACCUCACAGUAGUGACUGAGUUCAUCUUGAUGGGUAUCACUGAGCGCCCUGAACUGCAGGCACCAUUGUUUGGACUGUUCCUGGUCAUCUACAUGAGCUCCAUGGUAGGCAACCUGUGCAUGAUCAUCCUCCCCACAGUGGACUCCAGGCUACAAACACCCAUGUACUUCUUUAUCAGACACCUGGCUAUCACGGACCUGGGUUAUUCUACAGCUGUGGGACCCAAGAUGUUAAUAAAUUUUGUUGUAGAUCUAAACAUAAUCUCCUAUAACCUUUGUGCUACACAGCUAGCUUUCUUCCUUGUGUUUAUAAUCAGUGAACUCUUUAUUCUGUCUGCCAUGUCCUAUGACCGCUAUGUGGCCAUCUGUAAGCCUCUGCUCUACACUGUCAUCAUGUCCCAGAGGGUGUGUAAUGUGCUCGUGGCAAUCCCCUAUUGCUAUUGCACAUUUGUCUCCCUGUUAGUCGUCAUAAAGAUUUUCACUUUGUCUUUCUGUGGUCCCAACAUCAUCAGUCACUUCUACUGUGACAGUCUCCCCUUGAUAUCUUUGAUCUGCUCAAACACUCAUGAGAUUGAAAUGAUUAUUCUGGUCUUGGCAGCUUUUAAUUUGAUUUCCUCUCUUCUGGUUGUUCUUGUGUCCUACCUGCUCAUCCUCGUAGCUAUUCUCAGGAUGAACUCAGCCGAGGGCAGACGCAAGGCCUUUUCUACCUGUGGGUCUCACUUGACAGUGGUCACUGUCUUCUAUGGGACUUUGAUAUUUAUGUAUGUGCAGCCCCAGUCCAGUCACUCCUUUGACACUGAUAAAGUGGCUUCCAUAUUUUAUACACUGAUUAUCCCCAUGUUAAAUCCCUUGAUAUACAGUAUGAGGAACAAAGAUGUAAAAUAUGCUCUACAGAGGACUUGGAGAAAUAUUGGCAAUAUUUUUUCUUAG